GGCAUUUAUUGCAGCGUACAGAUAGCUAAAAUCAUUACUGUCAGGAACAAUUGUAAAAUUAUUAGUUUUUUUGCAGAGAUCAAGUUGAACGUCGAGAUGAGCUUUUCUGUUAACUAAAAGAAUGCUGCUGUACAGUUUGCAUACAUAUGAUUCUAGCAAAACCUGGACACUUAUUGAUGACUCAAUUGAUGUAACCAACGACAACGAGGAGCCGCACACGGUGAGCAGAUCGGACUCCAGCUUCAUCAUGCCGCAGUUCAUGUCGCCCAAUCUUUAUGCCCACCAGCAUGAAACAGUGUAUGAAACGAGUGCCCGACUGCUCUUCAUGGCCGUCAAGUGGGCCAAGAACCUGCCCAGCUUUGCGCGUCUCUCUUUUCGAGAUCAGGUGAUUCUCCUAGAGGAGUCCUGGUCAGAGCUAUUCCUGCUGAACGCUAUCCAAUGGUGUAUCCCCUUGGAUCCUACGGGCUGUGCUCUCUUCUCGGUAGCGGAGCACUGUAAUAAUCUGGAGAACAAUGCCAAUGGGGACACUUGCAUAACAAAGGAAGAGCUGGCGGCAGAUGUGCGAACCCUCCACGAGAUCUUUUGCAAGUACAAGGCGGUUCUGGUUGAUCCUGCAGAAUUCGCUUGCCUCAAGGCGAUAGUUCUGUUCCGACCGGAGACCCGCGGACUGAAGGAUCCGGCGCAGAUUGAGAAUCUCCAGGAUCAGGCGCACGUAAUGUUGUCGCAGCACACGAAGACGCAGUUCACGGCCCAGAUCGCCAGAUUCGGUCGACUCCUUCUUAUGCUGCCACUAUUGCGCAUGAUCAGCUCCCACAAGAUCGAAUCCAUUUACUUUCAGCGCACAAUUGGCAACACGCCCAUGGAGAAGGUCCUCUGCGAUAUAUAUAAGAACUAG